CUGCACUAGUCUCUGCGUCAGCUGACAUGCAAAGUUCAUCCAGAUGGCCAUCGGCGGAGAUCGGCCUCCAAUCGCGAGGAAAGUACAAGAUCCAGGAAGGAAAUUUAGAAACCGUGGCAGUCGCUAUAAUUUGUCCUGCAGGAUUCCUGUCAAUGUUGACGCAGAUGGCUACUUGCGCAAUUGCCCGGAGGAGCGCCUCCGAAAGGUAUUGGACAUGAUACUUUGGAAAGAAACUGUGAACGCGUAG